AUGUAACUAAAAAAAAAAAACAAGUGACGAUUUUAAAAUUAAUAAUUAAACUUCGUUGCAUGUCUAUCCUAAUAAAUAACUUAGAAAAUGGCUUAGAUCAUUUUUGUUCUCAUGCAAGAUUGCACAGCACACAUCAGCACAUUAGAAUUUUCGAAUAUUCUGUUAAAAACAUUCUACCGAUCAGCAUUAACGAACAACAUUUGAAUUGACAAAAAUGUGCGAACUAAAAACAUCGCUACCAAUAGAAGACUUUGAGGGGCUUAUGAGACAAUCGUUUGGGUCUGAUUUAGAAAUAAAACACGUAACAUGGAAACAUUUAACUGAUCCAGGAGAAAAUUUUGGCAGUCUUAUAGUGGCAGUUACUGUCAAUUUCAUAGAAAAUUUUUCAUCAAACACGAUGAACUUAGUUGUUAAACUUCCACCAGAAUCUCCCCAUCUAUUGGAUUUAUUUAAUUGUCCAUUGACAUUUAAAAAAGAAUUGAAAUUUUAUAGUGACGUUGUACCAGUAUUUGCGGAUAUUUAUCGUUCGCUUAAUGUGAAAAAUGAAUUUUUCGUACCACGUUUCAUUGGGGGAAGAUUAGGUUUAAAAAAUCCUGAUAAAUUUGAUUCCCAGGCUGCCAUUAUUUUAGAAAAUCUCAAAUUAUCUGGUUAUACAGUAGAGGAUCGAAUUAUGGGAAUGGAUUUGGAUCAUAUUAAAUUUGGUGUUCAAAAAUUGGCUGAGUUUCAUGCAAUGACAAUUGGUUUAAGAAUCAAGAGACGAGAUUUCUUUGAAAACACUGUACUACCUACUCUAAUACCCCCAGCUAAUGAAGCUGCAAUGAAAGGUGUUAUGGAUAUGAUUAAUAAAGCUCAUGAAACUUUAAAACGUAUAGAAGAGGCUAAACCAUAUUUAGAAAGUAUUGAAGCUACAUUAAAAUCUAACAACAUGGAUAAUGUAAUUAAUAAAGAAGAUUUGUGGGCAACAAUUGUACAUAAUGAUUUCUGGGUUAACAAUAUGUUGUUUCGUCAUGAUGCUUCUGGUAAUAUAAUUGAUUUAAAAAUGGUUGAUUUUCAACUUUGCAUUUAUAGCUAUGGCAUAGAAGAUCUUAUAUUUUUCUUAUUAUCAAGCUCUAACAAAGAAGUUCUUGAUAAUAACUUAGAUGAUAUGAUUGAUUUAUAUUACGAUACUUUUAUCGACGUUUUAAAAAAAUUAAAAAUCAAUACGGAACAUUACAGUAAAAGUAAAUUUUUAGAAUUGUUGAAUAAACAUGCACAUAGUAAAUUUUCACAGUGCAUUUUUAUGGUUCAAGUAAUACAAGCUACUCGAAUCAGUCGUUCAGAAUUGAAAAAUAAUGAUAAUAAUGUAGAUUUGAGUAAAAUAGAAUCAAACAAUAUAGGCAAUCAAAAAUUAUUACAUAUAGUGAAAAUAUUUGCAAAAAAGAAUUGGUUAUUAAAAUAAAUUAAUAUUUGAUUUAAAUUAAAAGGUAGUUCAAACUAUGAUGCGUAUUAUAUCAUUAUUUACGAUUAUA